CUCCCGCCAAAGUGCCGCGGGGCUGGGAGGGGAAGGAGGGAUAGGAGCCUCCGGCUGAGCUGUUUGCACCCCUAGGCGGGAUCCGGGUGCCACGGGGUGCAGGCAGCUGCCGGCACCCUCCUGCCCCCUCGACAGCGCACGGAGGUCCUGCCGGGCCGGGGAGGGGAAACAGAAGCCCCGAGUGGGUGGCUGUGCUCGGCCCCAGGCGAGCAGAGAUUGAGCUGUGAUCACCCCGGGGCGGGGAGCCAGUGGUUUGAGUGUGUUCUGCCCGUGGACUCCUGGACGGGGCCAGGGUAGGCAGGAGAAGGGACAAGUGGUGAUGGGCACGUGGCUGCCAUGGCCAUGGUGGCGGGAUGUGGUGGCCAUGCCUGGGCACUCAUUACCUGGCCUCGCAGGGGAUUUGCAUUUCGUAACGGGGAGUGGAUGGGCCCUGGCCUGCCCCAGCUGAGCGGGUGACAUGCACUGGGGCCUUGAUGCUUCAUGUUGAUUCAGCAAGACAUGAGCCAGUCCAACUGCCCCGGUAUGUCUGAUGGAGGUGACAUCACCAACUGGGAACCAGUUGAACCAGUGACAUGCUCCCAGUCUGUGGAAGCCCUUGCAGACUGGGCUGUGGUGGGAUCUCUCUGGGGCUGGUCCACUGUGCACUCCCCAUGCCCUGGGUAAUCCUCAGGCUGGCCAUGGGGAGGGAAGAGGAACUGGCUUCAGCUGCUCAUGCUCCAGAGUAUCAGCUGGUGGGACUGUAGAAUCCCGUAGCCAGGACACACAUGGUCUCAUGAGAGGGAUCCAUGUCCUGCGUUGGUCGAGCUUCCAUUUGGUACUGGAGUGUCUCUCUACCACCUACUGGGGCUGGACUGUGCCCAUCCCAGUGUCUCCCUGUGUCCAGGAUCCCUAGGGACUCAUGGCCUAGGCACAUAACAGGACCAGGAAGGGACAGGAUGGGCGAGAGGUUGGUGGAUGCCCUGGGGCCACCCCCAGGUGCCAGCUGAGCAUCAGAGGUGCUAGGCUGGGGCAGGACAGCACACCCCUUCCCUCCUUAGGCCAGGAGAACUUUCCCUUCCCUUGUGGGCUGGGGGCCGAGACGACAGAGAUGCUGCUGGCCCUGGCAGCUGGUCUCCAUUUGGGAGGAGGCAUCCACAUUCCUGGCAUAGCCGCGGUGACGGAGGAAUCUGUGGUGGAGGCUGGGCCUCGACAGAAGGGAAAGGGAGAGCAUCUAUGCCAGGACCCCUGAGGCUCAGAGCUGAGCUCCCACGGGCUCCAGCAGACAGGGAGAGACAAAUCCUGGGUGUCACUUGCCCCUAAUCCCAUGGGCAGUUCCUUCUCAUGCUUUUGGAAUGGUUCAGAAGAUUCUGUGUCUGCUGGCAGCAUCAUCCUCAUGCUCUUGUCGCUGUUCCCAUACCAGGGAGGGGGAACUGUCCCCAUGAGGGGUUUGGGGUGCACGCUGGGGCCCUGCCUAAGCUGUCCCCCCACUGUCCCCCAGCUCGCCCAGAAGUAUGAUCCACAGAAGGAGGCCGAGCUGCGGACGUGGAUCGAGAGCGUGACAGGAAAACAGAUUGGACCUGACUUCCAGAAGGGGCUGAAGGACGGGGUGAUCCUCUGCGAGCUCAUGAAUAAGCUGCAGCCCAACUCAGUGAGGAAGAUCAACCACUCGGCUCAGAACUGGCACCAGCUUGAGAACCUCUCCAACUUCAUCAAGGCCAUGGCCAGCUAUGGUAUGAACCCCGUGGACCUCUUUGAAGCUAAUGACCUUUUUGAGAGCGGGAACCUGACACAGGUGCAGGUGUCGCUGCUGGCACUGGCAGGAAUGGCCAAGACAAAGGGGCUGCAGAGCGGAGUGGACAUCGGCGUUAAGUACUCGGAGAAGCAACAGAGGAAUUUUGACGAGGCCAAGAUGAAGGCUGGGCAGUGUGUGAUCGGGCUGCAGAUGGGCACAAACAAGUGUGCCAGCCAGUCCGGCAUGACGGCCUAUGGCACCCGGAGGCACCUCUACGAUCCCAAAAAUCAGAUCCUGCCACCCAUGGACCACUCCACCAUCAGCCUCCAGAUGGGCACUAACAAGUGUGCCAGUCAGGUGGGCAUGACAGCUCCUGGCACCAGGAGGCACAUCUAUGAUGCCAAGAUGGGGACAGAGAAGUGUGACAACUCCUCCAUGUCGCUGCAGAUGGGCUCCAACCAGGGUGCCAACCAGAGCGGGCAGGUCUUUGGCCUCGGCCGCCAGAUCUAUGACCCCAAGUACUGCCCACAGGGCAGCCAGGGCGAGUUGGCCAACGCUGCAGGUGACCAGAGGGGGGACAUGCCUGGGUACCACUACUGCUGUGAGGAGGAGGAGAGCUACUGAGCAGGAUGGCUCUGCCCCACCUGCACCAUCUCAUGUACAGCCCCACUGCCAGCCACAUUCCAGCCUCCACUUUCAUCAUUCCCUCUUUUAAAACUCUUUUUUGACUUUGGAAAUUAAUCUAUUUUUCUGAGCAAGGAAAUAAAGACCCUGUUUCUAGA